AUGAGUUCGGAAGCAGGCCCAUCUGCUGUCUAUCCAACCGAUGGCAAAGGCAAGAGAAAACGGGCCCAGUCACCCUCUCACAACUUGAGGUCUAAGAAGGUUUAUUUUCCCAAGUACCUUGUUAUUGAGACCAUGCCUCUUACACACAGCCCCAUAGUCCAGGGAUAUGAGAGUGCCCCAGAGGGAGUCAGCCGGAAUCGAUUCACUCAAGGAAAGGCACCAGAGCCCAUUGAGACAAGUGCACAGAACCAUACUGACCACACAUUCGAUGACCUCGGCAACUUCAGGAAUUUCCUACGCGACUCCCGUGACGAGGCAGAGCUCGCCGUGUAUCUCGGACUUCGGCACAAACACGACCUCAGACAUUUCGCUUUGUCCUGGCCUAUCAUCAAGACCUGGCUCACGGCGCCACAUAAGCAGACUACCUCGCUGAAAGUUGAAAUCAAUCAUCUCAUCCAGGAUGGCAAAGAAUUAUCCUGUAUCGAAGACCCCUACCAAGUUUGGCCGGAACGUCCCUGGGAGUCUGAGGAGAACGCUUCUGUGAGAAUUACACACAUCAUGGCAUGGCAUCUAGUCCAGAUGUCCAAGGACAUAGAGGAGUACACCAUGUCCAGUGAUCUGCAUAAUUUCCACCGCACAAGAAGAUACCGCGGUGAACUGAGCGCGAUAUUGGAGCUCGAAAUCCCGCUGGACAAUAUUUUCCAUCCUCGUCCCCAGCUUAUAUCUUGGAGGAACGAGCUAAGCGACAGAUUCGAUCGCUGCUGGACAAUCUUGGGCUAUGUUUCAUGGAUCCCCUACAUGAAAUCCUGGGAAAAGGCUCUUGAAUUCUUUGUCUCCUCAAAGAACAAGGCUAUCAUAUACGACAGCGGGAUGCCGACAGGGACGAGACCAAGACCCAACGACCUUAGGCUGGCUCAGCAAUGCUCUUCCUCGCGCCUCGCGGAAGGUCCUAAAGGCCCUGUCCCAAUUCAAGUAAAGGUCAUCUGGGACAGAAACCAAAACACAAACGUGAAUAUGGACCUAUGCCGCGUUCUCGCAGGUAUAGCUCAUGAAGGGAAAGUGCUCCCUCCGACGGACCAGAUGAUGACACAGGACCCUAGAGCAUGCCGGACAGGCGCUUCAUUCCGGGAUAUCAUUCGACACAUGAUGUCUUGUGGUGGGUAUGGAUUGAACUUGUGUGAUAUGACGUUGUCGUAUCAUGCCGAGGCAGAUAAUUUCUACUAUCAGAUUGACGCUUUCCGAUCCCAGUGGAAGGUACUGCAGGGGGUAUUCUCAGACCCGGCUAACUCGAACUUUGUGAUCCGGGUGCUUUUGGAUGUCCAUGAUUUCCGGAAUGGGGAGGUCUAUGAAACGACUGAACUGCCGCCGGUGUACUGA